GACCUGCACACACCAAAAAGAUUUCACUCUUAAUUCUGAAAACCCAAUCUUCUCACUCUGGUAUACCGCCACUUCAGACCACUUGGAAGAUUUCACGGCUGCGUAACACAUCGCACAUACGACCAUCAUGCCUGGCCAGUACCUGCAAGAGGACUGGAAACUUAUCAACGGUGCCACACCUACACUGUGCUUCACCACAGCCAUACUAUACGCCCUCUAUAUUCUCUCUUUCCCACCAAACAGGCGUCUCUACCGCAAACUCUCCAUCUUCAUCCUCGCCUUACCAACAUGGUAUGCAUUCCGAUACUCGGAUCAACUCUGUCCACACUUCUUAGUAAAUGACACAUUUGCGCGGACGUGUCUAAUAUGGUUCGCGCACAUGAGCUACGAAGUCUGCGUCGUAGAAUUUGCGCCGGUCCUGCCAAAGGACAAGCAAGACAUGGGAGAACAGGAACAAACUAAAGAAAGAAUCAGACAGGGAUACAAAGUUCUUUUCGAUCGGAAUCACACGCAGCACGGUGUUGUGCUACCUGAGAAAGAAGGCCACGGCUACUCGCGCUGGAGAUUUGUCGGCUACCAUAUCCUCAAGGGGUUCGUUUACUACGGCCUCCAAAGGUUGUUCGACCUCUACGAAACACGCUACUCCCCUCUUGUCCUGCCGCCUAGCGUAUACAUGACACCAGGGCUCUUGGAAUUCUUCCAGCAACUGCCAACAUCUAUGGACUACCAAGAGAUAACCUGGCGGUUAGAGUUCACGUUCGACUGGUGCAUCUUGUCCUUAUGGAUGUAUGAAAGCUAUCACAGUGUGUUCACCGUUCUCUACGUCGGUUCGGGGCUAGACGGCCCAGAAGAGUGGUCUACAGCUCUCUUUGGCCCAUUUAGUAACGCGUGGUCGGUGAGAAGGUACUGGUCGAAGCAUUGGCACAAUUAUGUCUAUCACUCAUUCUCAGGCCACAUCAAAUGUGUGACGAGAGGCUGGCUGUGUAUGAAGCGCGGUGCAGUCACGCGAAUGGUCGAGAAUACGCUUGUCUUCUUCGUAUCCGGCCUUAUGCACUCACUCGUUCGGUGGCAACAGAACCCUUCUGGCGAUUGUUGGGCUAUCACAUGCUACUAUGUUGCGCAGAUUCUACCUAUGAUAUUCGAGUGGUGUGUGGCGACUCAGUGGAGCAAGGUGCGGAAGUUUUUAGGCUUCAGGUCAGACUCAAGGUGGCUGCGUAGCGCGGAGUAUGCUAUUGGGUAUUUGUGGGUCAUCGCCUGGUUUCUUUUCAGUGUGCCAAAGUACUACCAAACGAGGAUGGCGUGGUCAAAUGUGAAGAGACUUAAGACUUUCAUAGCGGAGUUAGAGGCUGCUCGAGCUCUCAAUGAGACGAGCACAGAACGGUAG